UCAUCGCCCGCGGCGGGCGCGACCCUCCAGUCGUAAUCACGAUGUCGCUGGGGUGGGAAGAGAGGUGCUGCUGCUGCUACCGCUACCAGCAGCUCGGGCGCAUAGUCAACAACAUGUCCACAACAGCCACCAACGACGCCUCGGUGGCUGCCACCAAAGCUUCCAUGGCCACAAAGCCGAGCUCAGUGAACAUCUAUAACCAGGGAUUGGUGGCCAACAAGCAGAUCUCAUCGUAUGACACCAGUUCCUCAAUGGCUCUCUGCAGCUUCACCUUAGGGAACACCGCCAUCACUGAGAUGCCCGCCAUCACCUACGUGAACCUUACAGAACAAACCCGGGAGAAAAUCUGCACAGCGUUCUGCCGUGAGUAUAGAUACUUCAAAGGCAAGAAGAGCACGACUAGAUGCCGUGUUGGGUAUGAUUACUGUGAGAUGAAGAAGAUGGGCUUCAAUUACUUGGCAGAAUGCAGAAAAGACUGCAUUGCUGCCGAGCCUGUCUGUGCCCAGGAGAUGAACGCUGCUUGCAUUCUGGAGUGCUGCCCCACCACCGUGAAUGGCAGCUGCCUGAAGCUGGAUGGCAAAGUUCAUGUGAACGGUGCUGGGCAGGUGGCUGUGUCCCCACUUCUUUUAUCUGCUCAGCACCAUUGCCGACAAGGGAGCAGAAAGCACGGGCUGCUGCUUUUUCCGUAUCUGCCCGACUUUUGCUGUUAG